AUGCGCUUAAAAUCAGUGUAUCUUUCGCGUUUGUGUAAACGGAGCUUCAUUUGUUCUCGGCUAGCAAGAACAAGCAGACUGCGGUCUACCCCACCGCAAAAUUUUGAACUUGAUGGAAUUUCGUUAUCUCCAGAUGAAAAAUGGAAUUUAUCACCUGCCGUUUUGCGAACAUUACAGAGACGUUUGCUUUUCGAAGCUGAUAAUCCACUCUGUUUACUCAAACAACGCAUUGUCAAUUUCAUUUAUGGAAAAUAUCAAGUGAAAGGUGGAAUGUCUCCGCAAUUUGCAGUGAUUGAUAAUCAACCACGAGUAGUUUCUAUAUUUGAUAAUUUUGAUUCCUUGCUUGUACCUGCAAAUCAUGUCAGUCGGAGUAUUCAGGACACUUAUUACAUCAAUAAAGAUUACUGCUUAAGAGCGCAUACAUCGGCGCAUCAACAUUCUUUGAUUAGUCAAGGCCUGGAUAACUUUCUUGUGAUUGGUGAUGUAUACCGACGUGAUGCAAUUGACAGCCUCCAUUUCCCUUGUUUUCACCAAAUAGAAGGCGUCCGUUUGUUUACCGCUGCUGAGCUAUUUGACGGUUCACUGAAACGAGAUCCGAAAUCACUUUUUGCAAACGACAGAAGAACUUCAAAGAAGCAGGGACAACACACAAAAGAUGUCGCAGAGUGCUUAAUUAAGGACUUAAAGGCAACUUUGGAGACUUUGUGUCACCACAUAUUCGGCAUUAAUUAUGACAUGAGGUGGGUCAAUGCAGAUUUCCCAUUCACAUAUCCAUCAUUUGAACUUGAAGUUUAUUACGAAAAAAGAUGGAUAGAGAUUCUCGGUUGUGGUAUUAUAGAGCAGGAUCUUUUGAGAAUGGCUGGCAUUGUGGAUAAAGUUGGUUGGGCAUUUGGCCUGGGUCUUGAAAGACUUGCAAUGAUUUUAUACGGGAUUUCGGAUAUCCGACUAUUUUGGAGCCGUGAUUCGGGAUUCUUGACACAGUUUGCUGGAAAAUCUCCCGAUGAAAAUUUCAAAUAUGUGCCCGUUAGUAUUCAUCCUCAAGUGCUCUAUGAUCUAUCAUUUUGGCUUCCAGAAGGUGUUGGUCCCAAAGAGAUGGCUGCUGAAACAUGCGAUUUAAUACGUUCCGUAGGUGAUCAACUUAUUGAGCAGGUCAAAAUAACCGAUACAUUCGAACACCCAAGAACGAAAAAAACUAGUCAAACCUAUCGUUUGGUAUAUCGAAGCCAUGAAGAAGCUUUAACAAAAGAACAGGUGAAUCAAGUUCAUUUGAAAAUCAGACAAAAAAUGGUUGAAAAUUAUGGCGUUGUAUUGCGAUGA